UUUUACGUCAGUCAGUGCAUUUUGAAGAGUCAAAUCUAACAGGCGGCGGUACCAAAGAAUAACAUUAUACAAAAUGUCAAAAAUUGCAUUGGCAACAAUCAUGGCGUUGCUGGCCACAACAGCAGCCGAGCCUUUCGUCUUCAGCGCACCCUUAGUUGCGUCACCCUACACCUCCGCCGCAUACGAGUACCUCAGCCCCGCCGCCUCUGUAGUGGCAGCCCCAGUAGCCCCUGUGGCCCCCGUGGCCCCCGUGGCCCCCGUGGCCCCCGCCGUGCCAGCCGCCUACCCCGCCACUGUCCCGUACUCGACAGUGUCAGCCUACUCUUACGGGUCAAGCUACAGCGUCCAAGACUACUUCCCAACGGUGGUCAACCCUAGUCCCUCCCUGGCGUACAGUCUGCCGUAUGCAUACGCCGCCGAUUACUACUACCGUCGAUGAGUUGUACAUUUUUUACUGUGACAAUGUGAUAUUUUAAUUCAUAAAUAAAUGUAUUGAAAGUU